UGGGUGCGGGUGUGGGUGUGGGUGUGGGCGUUUUAGUGAAGAGAUGAGGACUGUGGCAUCGCCGUGGACGAAUACCUUCCUAUUUUCCCGCAUUAAUGGCAGUAGAAAUGCCCUUAAAUCUUCUCUGAAUUUACAGUUUCGCCACUCGAAUCCCAAGUCCAACUCUCCUUCAACUCCUCCUCUCGCCAUCGCCAUGGCUGCUUCAUCUCCUCUAUCCACAACAAAUCCUCAUCCUCAGACUGUGUCAGCUGGAGAUGGUGACAAAGAUCACUCCAAUGUGUUUCAACUCAUUCAAGCACAUCAGGAAAAAGCUGCUCGGCUUCCUCCAGUUGAGGAAAUUAGAACUGUGCUUGAUCACAGUGUGCGCGGAAUGCUCUCUACGUUAUCUCAGAAGCAUGAGGGCUAUCCAUCAGGGUCGAUGGUUGAUUUUGCCUGUGUUGCAGAUGGAUCUCCAAUAUUAGCAGUCAGCAGCCUGGCAGCUCAUGCAAAAGACUUAACAGUAAAUCCCAAGUGCUCAUUGCUUGUUGCUAGAGAUCCUGAGGACAGGACUGAUUUAGUAAUCACUCUGCAUGGUGAUGCUAUUUCUGUUUCUGAAAAUGAUAUAGCUGCCAUUCGUACUGCAUAUUUGGCAAGACAUCCAAAUGCAUUUUGGGUUGACUUUGGUGACUUUCAAUUUAUGCGCAUUGUACCAAAAGUUGUACGGUAUGUUUCAGGGGUUGCCACAGCUCAGUUAGGAUCAGGAGAGUUCAGUGGAGAGGAUUACAAAUCUGCAAAAGUUGAUCCAAUAGCCCAGUUUUCUAAGCCUGUUGCUUCUCAUAUGAAUAGAGAUCAUGCUGAAGAUACAAAAGUCAUUGUGCAACACUGGACAUCAAUUCCGGUGGACUUUGCUUACAUGCUGGAUUUGGAUAGCCUUGGUUUCAAUGUUAAGGCUGGUUAUCAAGGGACAAAUUUCAAGCUUCGAAUUCCUUUCCCUAGGCGUGCUGAAGAUAGAAAGGAUGUGAAGACUCUUGUAGUUGAAAUGCUUCAAGCUGCUAAGCCCCUAGCUGAUUGAUUCCAGAGUAGAAAAUAACAGAUUUGUGGACAAAGAUAUUCUCAUUAUGUUGGAUCAUGCAGCACUUCACAAUUGCCUUCUGUGUACAUGGACAAAUUUAAAUCGUGGAAAACAUGUGAACAAAGAUAACUCUGGUGGAAAGGUGACAAUCAAAUUGGUAUACUUUUAGCUUAUUUCUCUUAUAUGCUCUAGAAGUUUUACUUUUAGCAGCUGCUGUGGUUAAAUGAGUCAUGUAAAUAACCAAUAAAAUCAAAACUGUUGGUAUGAGAUAUUCAAAGAAAACACCAUUAAAUGUUUCAUCUUCUUUUGAUUUUUGUGUGGAAUUGUAUAAAGACUUCUGUCAAGUAAUCCAGUUGUAUUCGAAAUAUAUAUGAGACAAUAUCAUAGUGUUUAUAUAUCCCUGCACUUGUUUCAAGCUCAA